AUGAGACCGAUGGGAGAAUGGAGCAGUAUCGUUCCUGUUUCAUCGGCCAAGACGGAGAUCGUUCACUCGGUGCAGGAACAAAGCCCAGGAGGGUCCCCACUCUGGCUGUCAGGAUGCGGCCAAGAUAUCGAUGGAAUUCUCGUCUUUAUGGGUCAAAUGCAGAUCACUUAUGAGUCGGGAAACCCCCUGGUCGAGGUAUAA